ACAGCUUGUAUAGGAGCCUUCUCUACCUGCGUAGCUUUAUUUCUUUCCCCUGUGAUGAUGGCCAUCUGUCGGCGGAAGAGCACAAGGUUGUUAGCCGUCCUUGGGGGUCUGAUAACAGCUCUUGGAUGUCUCUUCACAUCAUUUGCUUCACAGUUUCACCAGCUAUUUCUCAGCUAUGGAGUCUUUGUGGGUUUUGGAGUUAGUAUGACACGAGAUGCUUCAACAUUUAUGAUUGGCCAGUACUUCAAACGAAAACGAGAAUUAGUGGAAAUUGUUAUCUCUUUUGGUACUGGUCUUGGGAUGGCAAUUAUGCCACUUUUUCUAAGUGAAAGUAUAAGGUAUGUGGGAUGGAGACUUGGACUUCAAGAAAUCACUGGUGUCGUUUUUAUUACUUUCUUACUGGGGGUAUUUUAUCGACCAGCAUCCUUGUACCACCCACAAAGACGAGCCAUUCUUCACUUGAAGAGUCUGCAGAAGCGAUCUAAAGCCAAGGAUAAGAAGGCGAUUGUAGAAAAAAACCCAUUCUUCGACUUUGGAGUGCUGAAGUCUAGAACUGUACAGAUACUUCUUCUGGGAACUGGACUGGCUGCCUUUGGAGCUCACACACCUCUUAUUUUACUCGUUUAUCAAGGUGAAAAAGAAGGCUUGGAUUACCAGUCUCUGCUGCUGCUUCAAGUAUUUUUAGGCAUAGCUUUUAUCUUUGGCAGUGGAGCAUUUGGCUUCAUCAUUGUAAAAAACAGUGUUCAAUGCAUGAUCGCCCGUCAGUACCUCUGUCAAGCUUCUUCGUUCAUGAUUAGCGCUUCUCUACUAGCUUUUACAGCUUUAGAAGAAUAUCAGGGAUACGUGCUUUUUGUGUGGAUUUAUGGACUUUUCUACGGAGGUUACAACUACUCGCUAAAGAUGUUUACCUUCGAAAAAGUUCGAGCUCGCAAUUUUGCGAGAGCUUGGGGUUUUGUCCAGUGGGUACAAGCCGUUCCCUUUGCUAUAGGAAUUCCUGUUACAGGUUACAUCAAUGAACAGUAUGGUGGAAAGAUGGGUUACUAUCUGUCGUCUGCAUUUACGUUUCUGGGAAGCGUAACUUUAUUUCUCAUAGACGUUCAUAAAAGAAGUGUUCAAAAGCGGAAAAUGAGUAUAUUUAGUGAUAGUAGAAGAUGUUCGGACACUUGCCUCAGCAGCAGGAGCCGACGGUCAUCUUUUCAGGAUUCGACCGAGUUCGAACAAAAUUUAAACAAAACCCAAGAGGAACUAGUUGAUGAAAGAAGGAGUAAAGCAUUCAGAAAAACCCCUGUCAUCAGUCCUCCCAGAUUUGAAACUUGCCCAAGCUGUAUGAAGUACGUCCCGCCACCAGAAAACUGUACCAAUAAUCAAAUACCCAUCUCAGACUUGUCGUUAGUUCGGUCGACCGGCCGUCAGUUGGAAAAAACUGCUUGUAAUGUGGAUGUAAUUGAGGAGGUUACCACGCCAUUGUGAUUUGUUUCGAAAUACGUAAAUUAAACACGGGGAAGAUAACUUGCCUCCUUAAGACGUAUGAUGAACAUAUUAAUUCGUAUUUUUAAAGAAUAAUAUGAUUGAAAAUAAAGAUUUAUGUUUU